UUUGAAAAAUUAAGCAUUUUCACUAUUUUCAGAUUGCUGCAUACAUAUUUGAAUUAUAAUUUUACUGUGUAAAUCAUAAAUAAUCUAAAGUCUUAUUUUCGGGUGUAUAAAUUAAGUAGGUACUAACACCGCGGAGUAUGGUAAUAAUGGACAGUGCAGAAUCUGUCGGUAGCUUAGAAGAGCAAGCUCUCAAAAGAAAAGAAAGACUGAAGAAUCUAAAAAGAAAACGAACAAACAGUGAUAAUACAUCAAAUAAUACUACAAAUGAAACAAUGACACUGCCCAAACCAAAAUUUAGAAGUUACAAGCCUCAAGAUGAAGCAUUACAAGAAUCCAAACUUAGUGAUGCAGAACCAACAGUUAUAGAAGAAGAAGUAAAAGAUUUGUUGGAGGCUGGUAAAGAAAAGGUGGUUCUCCAGGAUCUCGACAUAACAAGUUUAGCACCAAGAAAACCAGACUGGGACCUCAAACGAGAUGUGGCCAAGAAGCUAGAGAGAUUAGAACGGAAGACACAGAGAGCCAUAGCUGAAUUGAUUUGGGAUAGAUUGAAACAUGGAAAUGAAGAUAAUUUAAGUGCUAUGAUUACAAUGACUGCUAACCGACCUACCAUUACAGAUGAUGACUAAAUAUGUGUCCUGCAAUAAUUUUACAUUAGAAACUUAAAGCAUGCAAAA